AUGACCCAAUUAAUCUGGCUCAUCACAGGCUGCUCCUCCGGCCUGGGCCUAGAACUGUCCCGCGAGGUCCUGAAAAGGGGCCACCUCGUAAUCGCCUCCUCGCGAUCCCCAGAAAAGACGCCCCAUCUCGUCGAGGAGAUCCAGCAAGCAGGCGGCAAAUGGAUCACCCUCGACGUCACAAAGGAUAAUGUCCAACAACAGGUAGACAUCGCAGCACAGAUCCACGGGCGUAUCGACGUCCUUGUGAACAAUGCCGGCUACGGCAUCGCCGGCGGCUUCGAGGACCUCAGCCUCAGCGACUUCCGAACCCUCUUCGACACAAACCUCUUCGGCAUAGUCCGCGCAACCCAAGCCGUCCUCCCGUACAUGCGCGCCGCACGCUCGGGUACCGUAAUCAACAUCUCUUCCACAGGCGGUCUCCGCGGCCUCGCCGCCGUAUCCGCCUACUCGUCCUCAAAAUUCGCCGUAGAGGGCCUCUCCGAGUCGUUGGCGGCCGAGUACGCCGACUUUGGCAUCCGCGUUAUGCUCGUCGAACCGGGCCCGUUUCGGACUUUAUUCCGGGACCAGCCCGGCUUCUCGCCCGCCGCGGGGCGGAUGAGUGCGUUCUAUGAGGGCACGGCGGCGGAGGGGGUGUUGAGGUAUUUGGAGGGUGGUGGUGGUGGGAAGCAGGCUGGAGAUCCGGUGAGGGCUGCGAGGCAGAUGUUUGAUUUUGUUACGGGGGAGGGGUUAGCGGAGGCAGUGAGGGUGAAGGAGGAGGGGAAGGGAGGGAGGUUUCUGAGGCUUCCGUUGGGAAAGGCUGCUGUCAAGACGGCGCGGCAGAAGGUUGAGGAUUUGGAGCGGAAUAUUGAUGCCGUGGCGCAUAUUGCUAAUGCUUGCGAUUUCGAGGAGUGA